AUGAGAGAGGACCGCACCUUGUGGUUCGUCCUCCGACGGAGCCCCCUCAACAGCAACCUCGGCCCGCUCAAUAUCAACAGCCACGGCCUGCACCUUUUCAUGAAUACUAAGAUCAUUGAUGUUUUAACCAUAUUUUGUCAACCUGAUCUUAUGUGGAUAAACCUGUUGAGUACAGAGGGAAGGGCUGUAGGAUCAUUCCUUGGAUAUGUGAUUUCAUCUGAAAUGCUCGAAUUUUGUUGGGCAGAUAAUCCAAGGAAAUUUCCUGGUGAAGCCACAAACCACAAGGCUGACCACAAAGACGGAGCCAAUAACAUUGCCGCCCAGACAUUCACUUUCAGAGAGCUUGCAACGGCGACGAAGAAUUUCCGACAGGAAUGUUUAUUGGGCGAAGGUGGAUUUGGACGAGUCUACAAGGGUCGGCUGGAAAAAACUGGCCAGGAAAUAGCUGUGAAGCAACUAGACCGAAAUGGAUUACAAGGAAACAGAGAAUUUCUUGUAGAGGUUCUGAUGCUGAGCCUUCUUCACCAUCAAAAUCUGGUUAGUCUAAUCGGUUACUGUGCUGAUGGAGAGCAGAGACUUCUGGUGUACGAGUAUAUGCCACUGGGAUCUCUUGAGGACCAUCUACUAGAGGUUCGACCGGGUCAACCUCCGCUGGAUUGGUUUACAAGGAUGAAGAUAGCAUUACAUGCGGCCAAAGGUCUAGAGUAUUUGCACGACAAGGCAAAUCCCCCAGUAAUUUACCGCGACCUAAAGUCGUCUAACAUCUUGUUGGACAGGGAGUUCAAUGCAAAACUCUCUGACUUUGGAUUAGCAAAGCUAGGACCUGUCGGAGAUAAAUCACAUGUGUCUUCCAGGGUAAUGGGGACAUAUGGUUAUUGCGCUCCCGAGUACCAAAGAACUGGUCAGCUAACUGUCAAGUCAGAUGUAUAUAGCUUUGGUGUUGUUUUCUUGGAGUUAAUUACAGGACGAAGAGCCAUUGACACCACAAGGAGUCCCCAGGAGCAGAACCUGGUUUCCUGGGCGGAACCCAUGUUCAGGGAACCAAGUAGAUUCUCAGAGCUGGUUGAUCCACUUCUCCAAGGAAACCUCCCAAGAAAGAGUUUAAACCAAGCAGUGGCGGUUGCUGCAAUGUGUCUAAACGAAGAUGCCUCGGUUCGACCAUUUAUCAGUGAUGUGGUCACCGCUCUCAGUUAUCUCUGGGUAGGACCAGAUUCUCCAGGAUUGACUGCAAAUUCUCCCCCUUUCACGUCGACAGAUACAGUGGAAAACAAUCGCGAAGUCGAUGAUAUUUCAGCAAAUGAACGUCAGAAAGCAGUUGCAGAAGCCAUUGAAUGGGGUUCCAACUCCAGGACUCAAAACAUCCGAUCAGUCUCCAAUGGUUCUUCAGUGUGA